AUGCCUGGACUUGAUGUCAUCGUCGUUGGCGCCGGGCUGGGCGGGUUAGGAGCAGCUAUUGCCCUUCGACUGGCCGGCCACAAUGUGAACAUUCUUGAAGCUGCUCCUAAGAUUGGUGAAGUGGGAGCUGGAAUACAACUGCUCCCGAAUAGCAGCAAGAUUCUCCGAUCUUGGGGAGUUUUGGAUAUGAUCGACCCGGCCAGGAUUUGUGACACGGAGACAUGCAAUAUCUUGGACUGGAGAGGGAAACUUAUCUCUUCAAUGAACAUGAAUCUUGCCGCCAAGGAGUACUCUAGCCCAUUCUAUGAUGUGCAUCGUGCCGACCUUCACAAAGCACUUCACGAACGUGCCGUCCAACUCGGAGCACAGCUAUACGUCGGCGCCGAAGUUACUGAUGUGCGCUUCGACAAAGAGCACGACUGUGUCUUUGUAACCACAACAUCUGACUCAAAGCCUUCAUGGCAAGCAGACCUUGUUGUGGGCGCCGAUGGACUUCAUUCGAGAUGCCGACAAAUUGUUUCGGGAAAGAUUGAUGCUCCGCGCCAUACGGGUGAUAUGGCUUAUCGACUUCUCCUCGAUGCCAAUGAAAUCCCGAGCGAUGCUGAAAUGAAGCCGAUAGUGGAAGAAAAGGCUGUGACUUACUGGUACGGGCCGGGUGCCCAUGUAGUCACUUAUGCCAUUCGUCAACGCAAGCUGCUAAAUAUGGUCUUGCUUGUCCCGGAUGACAUGCCAGCGGAUGGUCCGUCGACAUUAGCGGGUCAGGUCAGCGAGAUGCAGAACUUGUUCAGAGACUGGGAUCCCAGGAUUGUAUCUCUCCUGGACAAGUGCAGAUCAGUUCUCCGCUGGCGACUGUCUAUUUGGGACCCAAUAGACUCCUGGGUUCACCCAAGCGGCUCUAUGGUGCUCCUCGGCGAUGCAGUCCAUGCUACACUACCAUAUUUAGCAAGCGGGGCAGGCAUGUCUUUCGAGGACGGUGCUGUUUUGGGCGAGUGUCUCAAAGACCUCGACAGGAGUACAUUCCUGAAGGAUAAGCACAGGGCAUUGGCAGUAUACGAGUCAUGCCGAAUGAAGCGCACUAAUGCCAUUGUUGCCAGGGGUAACCUUCAACAAGAUCUCAAUCAUCUCGACGAUGGCCCUGAGCAGAUUGCACGUGACGGGAAGAUGAAGGCAUUCGCCAAAAUCGAAGAGAACUAUUGUCCAGGGGACAACAUUGAUUGGGAAUCUCUGUCAUCAUCAUGUUCACAAACACUGAUACCAGGUGAAGACCCUUUGGUUUGGAGGAGGUUUGGGGCGGGCGAGUGGCUAUUAUCAUAUGUCCCGGAGGAAGAUGUCCUAAAGGAACGGCAAAGUGGUCUUAACGGAGAUGAAUAG